UUCUGCACACCCAGUCCAGUUGGUGGCAGCACUGAAGCAUUACAACUGCUAUUUCAGCAAACAGAAGAAGAACAAGAACAAGAACUCGGAAACAACGUGAUGGCGGAAUCAGAAACCCCGAAGGUCAUCAAAUUGGUUCCUGAGAACCUUUUGAAGAGAAGAAAAGCAUAUCAAGCUAUUAAAGCAACAGAGGCCAAACUUGCACUACUUCAAAAAAGAAAGGUAUCGAAAGGACGACCGGUGCGGUUCAAGCGUUUGGAAGAUUUCCUCAAGCAUGGAAAAAGACAGCAUCGUGAUGAGAGACGUCUUCAAAGAGCCAAUCACAGACCCCCUACUGACCUGCCACCGCCUAAAAACAGCCUGGCAUUUGUUGUCAGAAUCAGAGAGAUAAAAGGUGUCAGUCCCAAAGUCAUGAAGGUCCUCCACAUGUUUCGACUGCGCAAAAUCUUCAGCGGUACUUUCAUAAGAAUGAACCAAUCAUCAAUGAAGAUGCUGAAGACCAUUGAGCCAUAUGUGGCUUGGGGGUUUCCAAAUCUGAAAUCAGUCCGUGAACUGAUCCUAAAAAGGGGACAAGCAAAGAUCAAUAAAAGGAAGGUUGCUCUCACUGACAACACAGUCAUUGAAAAACAUAUGGGUGACCAUGGCAUCAUCUGUUUGGAGGACCUCAUCCAUGAGAUUUAUUCCGUUGGAAAGAACUUCAAGGCAGCCAGUCAUUUCCUCUUGCCCUUCCGACUGUCAGUGGCUCGCCAUGCAGCCAGAGAUCAAGUUGGGCUCUUGAAAGAUAUUGGGGAGGCUGGAGCACGGGCGGAGGACAUCAACAAAGUCAUAAGACAGCUCAACUAAGUGGACUUCACUUUUUGACUUGACUUUGGUAAAUGUUAUUGUGUUUGCAAAUGGAAGGAGGGAAAAGGAACAUUGUCUGCAGCUAUAUUUCCAUCCAUUGAUCUUGAUUGAUAUUGAUCGAUAUCAUUUGGGCCAUCUUUUGUCUUUCAUAAAGUAAUGGCAGCAUGAUUUCUUGGGGUGACAGUAACUGGUUUUGAAAUGUGUUUAUAUUCAAUAAAAAUCCAUUGUAAUUUUGUAA